UUCAGUGUCCUGAGGAUUGGUAAAAUGUGUGAAUACAAUAUAAUAAUAGAGAAAAUGAAAGGUUUGUAUCUUACUCGGGGCAUCUCUCUUCUUGUUUUCUAGUAAUCAAUGAUGUUUUUGAUAUUCUAAAGCAAUAAAAUGGUGGUUGCUAGUGAUUAGCUAUCUGCCUAUCUUUUUAUGUCUCACAUUCUCAUGCAUUUUUUAUUCUUUAGACUCUUUGCAUUAUUGAUAUGAUUAUUACUACUAUUUUUAACUUGAUUCUUCUGGGACUGUGCAGGGUGAAAAUUGAUACUGAACUUUCAGCGACCCGGAGAGCUAGACGACCUCUUUACCUUCAGUCAUAUCAAUAAUUGAUUGGAACUCUUGAUAUGUGAAGGACAUGCUACUAUUUCUGUAGUGGAAUCUUUGGCAGGGGGUUCCUCUUGAGUCUUAUCAAAAGUAAAAACAACUAGUUGAAGCCAAAUGUUUUGACUUGUGGAGGGUGAUUUGAAGACUCCACAGCACAGCUGGUGUCUGUAACUGUUCUCUUGUAAUGGAUUGUCUCAUGGGCCUUCAUGUGCAGUGUCUUUAACCUUGUUGGAGAUACAUAGUACCUGGUAAAGCUCGAAGGAUGCAACGUCUUGCUUUCUGAGCAAAAAGGGUAUAUGAUUCUUCACAGAUUUGAUUCUAUUUUGAUAGCGUACUUGCAGAAUCCAUCCUGUUGGUGACCGAAAGCCAUGGUUUUGAUAAAAGUUUACUAGCCAUUUUGUAGCACUGAAGGUCUUGUCAGUGGGUAGUGGUUGUUCUGUCAUUGCUUGGAGACAUGUUGCAUGUUGGUUAGUGGUUUGCAUAUAUAAUAGUUCUAGUGGUGCUUGACAAGGUGAGGGAAAACUAGUGAUGUUAAACAUGUUCUUUUGUUUCUCCCCCUUGUUGUUUAGAAUAUAGGAACAUGUGGGUUUGAUGGUUAUUGAGUGAUAUCUGUUGAGCAAGGAAGUUUUUUUUGGGAUUGUUGGUGCUGAUGAUGAGUCGAGAACAACAGAAGCGAGGGAAGCAAGAAAAAGGUUCUGAUGGAGCUGAAAAGGUUAUUGUUGCCGUUAAGGCUUCAAAGGAAAUUCCAAAGACUGCUCUUGUUUGGUCCCUAACUCAUGUUGUGCAACCUGGCGAUUGCAUUACACUGCUAGUGGUUGUACCUUCACAAAGUGCAGGCCGAAGAUUAUGGGGUUUUCCAAGGUUUGCUGGUGACUGUGCCAAUGGUCAGAAGAAGUCUACUUCAGGAUCAUCAAGUUCAGAACAUAAGAGUGAUAUCACUGAUUCUUGCUCUCAAAUGAUCCUUCAGCUCCAUGAUGUCUAUGAUCCUAACAAGAUAAAUGUGAAGAUUAAAAUUGUUUCUGGAUCACCAUGUGGAGCAGUGGCUGCGGAAGCCAAGAAAUCCCAAGCCAAUUGGGUUGUACUAGACAAGCAGCUCAAACAUGAGGAAAAACAAUGUAUGGAAGAGCUGCAGUGCAACAUCGUGGUUAUGAAGCGUUCCCAACCCAAGGUACUCCGCUUGAAUUUGGUUGGAACACAAAAGAAGGAUUUUGAAGAAUUAUGUCCAUUACCUUCUGAACAAAAUGAGAUGCCUGGAAAACAAAUUAAGAAGAAGAAUGAUUCUUUAAAUUCCAUAAAGGGACCAGUUGUCACUCCAACUAGCAGCCCUGAGCUAGGGACACCAUUUACUACAACUGAAGCUGGUACUUCUUCGGUUUCAAGCUCUGAUCAAGGAACUUCACCAUUCUUCAUCUCUGAGAUGAAUGGUGAGUCAAAGAAAGAGGAAACUAUUAAAGAAAAUCCAGAACUUGAUGAUUCUAUAUCAGACACAGACAGUGAAAAUUUGUCCACAUCUUCAACAAGCUUGAGAUUCCAGCCAUGGAUCACUGAUUUACUUUUGCAUCAACAGUCAUCUCAACCCAAGGAAGAAAGAACAGAGAGAUCUUAUAAUAGGCUUCAAUCAUCUACCACUAGAGCUUUGCUAGAAAAGUUCUCAAGACUUGAUAGAGAAGCUGAAAUUGAAAUCUCAACCUAUAAGACCGACUACGAUUUCAGUGGAAAUGUAAGAGAAGCAGUGGCAUUAUCUAGAAAUACCCCACCUGGUCCACCUCCCUUAUGUUCAAUCUGCCAACACAAGGCUCCUGUUUUUGGAAAACCUCCCAGAUGGUUCAGCUAUGCUGAAUUGGAGCUUGCCACAGGUGGAUUUUCAAAAGCCAAUUUCUUGGCAGAAGGAGGAUUUGGAUCUGUUCACAGAGGGCUUCUGCCAGAUGGACAAGUCAUUGCUGUCAAGCAACAUAAAUUGGCUAGUUCUCAGGGUGAUCUAGAAUUCUGCUCAGAGGUAGAAGUCCUGAGCUGUGCUCAGCACCGAAAUGUUGUUAUGUUGAUUGGGUUCUGUAUAGAGGAUAAAAGAAGGCUAUUGGUAUAUGAGUACAUAUGUAAUGGAUCAUUGGAUUCUCAUUUAUAUGGGAGACAGCCAGAACCAUUAGAAUGGUCUGCCCGGCAAAAAAUUGCUGUUGGAGCUGCUCGAGGGUUGCGAUAUCUUCAUGAAGAGUGCAGAGUGGGUUGCAUUAUCCAUCGUGACAUGCGGCCUAACAACAUUCUUAUCACUCAUGAUUUUGAACCACUGGUUGGUGAUUUUGGACUGGCAAGGUGGCAGCCUGAUGGUGACACAGGAGUGGAAACUAGAGUAAUUGGAACGUUUGGGUACUUGGCUCCAGAAUAUGCUCAAAGCGGCCAAAUAACUGAAAAGGCUGAUGUUUAUUCUUUCGGUGUGGUAUUGGUGGAACUUGUUACAGGACGAAAGGCUGUGGAUCUCAAUCGACCGAAGGGACAACAGUGUCUUACUGAGUGGGCUCGGCCACUAUUAGAAGAAUAUGCCAUUGAGGAACUGAUUGAUCCAAGGUUGGGAAGUCACUAUUCCGAGCAUGAGGUCUAUUGCAUGCUGCAUGCUGCCUCAUUAUGCAUAAGACGAGAUCCUUAUUCUAGACCACGCAUGUCACAGGUUCUGCGAAUACUGGAGGGAGACACGGUCGUGGACCCAAAUUACAUUUCAACUCCCAGUUAUGAUUUGGGAAAACGGAGUGGUAUUUUGUUUUUUGGCCAGAAACAUAAGCAAAGAAAGCGCCAUUACAACAGUGGUCCCCCUUUGGUAAGAGUCACUGGAAGCGUUCAGUGGGAACCUCUGAGUACAAAAGCCUUUUCCUAUUGGGAAAGCAACAAGUCUAAGUGGACAGACAACAUGUGAUGAGAUAAUAACUGUUAAAACGGUUCAGAUGAAAAUUGCAAUAUUGUUAUGCUAAAUAUCUUUCUUGCCUUAGUAUUUUGUAAUUUGUAGUUUUCUUUCUAUUUCUCUGCAAUUUAAUCUAAUUUUGCAUAUGUGUAUAGCGCACUAUGAAAGUAGGAUAAGUAAUAUAUAGAAGCUUUUGAAAUUCUUUAGGGAAAAAUUACGUAAUCCUGUGUCUAAAUGACUAUGCUAUGCUCAUCAAUGGAUCAAAAAGCUUUUUGUAUGGUUGGUUUGGUUCAAGUCUCUCUGAUGCAUGUGUUUUCAUGCUUGCUUUAAGAAACAAACAAAACUUAGGCGGAGGAUUGUCACUUUAACUAGCAACAGCCAACGGUAGUGUGGUGGCUUUAAUUGAAGUGUAAAACUAAAAAGCUGAGGUGUCAUAAUUUGAAGCAUGUGAAACAAAGAAACCUUGGUUGGCUGAUGAUGACAAUUGACAAGGCAGAGAGGCUGAACGUGAUCAAGUGGCAUGUCAAAUGUUUGUUUCUGGGUUAUGUUUUGGCAUCUUCUUACAAAGGAUUACACUCGUUAUCCUCGGGCAAACCCGUAGGUCGUAUGUAUCGUUUUAUAUGGUCCAUGGAUCUUAAUUGUAUGCUGUAAUAAAUCAACAUCGGUACAAGGUCCAGAAUCCAGAGGUAUCUGUUCCUCAAGUACGUGCAAACCGUUUGGUAUCA